CCGGCAACUUAACGGCAAUCAACAUAUGGUUCUGUCCAAUGCGGUCUACUCUCGAUAUUUUAAGACCGGCCAUCUUUUUAGAGUAUAGGUGUUUGUUUCGCAAUUUCGAUCAAAAUUAAAUUUGUUAUUAAUGUCAGAACCACAGUCAUCGUUAUUAUUAAGAAAACAGCUAGCAGAAUUAAAUAAAAACCCUGUUGAGGGCUUUUCUGCCGGUUUAAUAGACGAUAAUGACAUUUACAGAUGGGAAGUACUUAUUAUUGGACCUCCAGAUACACUCUAUGAAGGAGGUUUUUUCAAAUGCCAUUUAUAUUUCCCAAAGGAGUAUCCACUUAGGCCGCCGAAAAUGAAAUUCGUUACAGAAAUAUGGCACCCAAAUAUUGAUAAAAAUGGUGAUGUUUGUAUAUCCAUAUUGCACGAGCCCGGUGAUGAUAAGUUUGGUUAUGAAAAGGCUUCGGAAAGGUGGUUGCCCGUGCACACUGUAGAAACUAUUUUAAUAUCAGUUAUUUCAAUGUUAGCCGAUCCUAAUGAUGAGUCACCAGCGAAUGUUGAUGCUGCUAAAGAAUGGAGGGAAAGUUAUUCGGAGUUCAAACGGAAGGUGGCGCGUUGCGUAAGGAAAUCGCAGGAGCAAGAGGAGUGUUAGUGAUUUUUUUUUACAUACAGGGGAAUUCAUCAGGAAUAACUACCAACCAAACAAAAAAAAACAACAAAUCAACAAUAUAAACUACCAGUCAUAAUAUCGCGCUAAUUUCCGAAAAU